ACGAGCGAGAACCGGUCGAGGCGGUUGAACCACGCUUCAAUGACCUCAGCGACAUCGAUGCAGAGUUAUCAAAAAGGUUGGGAGAUGCGGGUAGGGAUGACCCGGACAAGGUCUUGGAGAGUUUGAGAGACAUCCUCGAGGGUGUGGACAAAGCUAACGUGGUGAUAUCCAAGAAGGCGGAGACCAGUCUGAUCGAAUUAUCAAAAAUGACAGAAGAUAGCGGGCCGCAGGACGAAGAUGACGUCGCGCAAAGGUUGGCGGAAAUCGCGGAGGCGAAGAGGAGGAUCGAACAGGAACGGGACGAUGCCUUGGACGCUGUCAAGGCCGAGUUUCACCCGGGGGAUGACGAAUCGGAGCGCGUGAUAAGUAGCGGCUCGGACGACUCGUUGGAGGAGGUUUGUAACGACGGUGAGCUUGAGAUGCCGUUUACAAAAUCGGAGGCAGUGGAGAAACUGAGAAGAUUAAGGGCCGCGGAGAAUCCGGUGGAGUCAAUAACCGGUGAAACGGGAGAGGAGGAAUUCGCAGAGGAAAAAAUCGCCCGGGGAAACGCGAUUUACGCAGAUUUGGCAAGCUUUGGAUCGGACGGCUCCGAUUCCGAAGAGUCGAUAUACGAGGAACUGAUGAGGAAGCCGCCGGAAAACUUUAUCAAAGGAAAAACGUACGAUUACGACGAGAAGAAGCACGGCACAAGAAUGACCGAGGAAUUCAUCCUUAAACACUGCAAGGAAAACAAUUUGUACCAGACCCCUUAUCUGAACGACGUACUCUACCUCCACUUCAAAGGGUUUUCGUUCAUUGAGAGUCUCGAACGUUACACUGGCCUGAAGUGUUUGUGGCUUGAAAGCAACGGUAUCCGGGAGAUAGCGAAUCUCGAUAACCAAGGUGAACUGAGGUGCCUCUUCCUGCAUCACAACUUGAUCAGCAAGAUCGAGAAUUUGGAGUGCCUACCGAAGCUGGACACUCUGAAUCUCGCUCACAACAGCAUAAGGAUGAUCGAGAACCUCGACAGCUUGAGGAACCUGAAGACGCUUCAUCUGUCUCACAACUACCUCCGCGAAACAGCCGACUUCGAACACCUUAAAGAUUUGGACCACGUCACGAUUCUCGACUUGUCGCACAAUCGGAUCGAAUCCUUCGAGGUGGUCGAGGUUCUCGGAGCGAUGAAGAGCCUUCGAGUAGUCACGCUGACCGGAAACCCGGUGAUAAAGUCUAUAAAAAUGUACCGAAAAACUAUGACCCUGAAGUGUAAGAAGUUAACCUACCUCGAUGACCGCCCGGUAUUUCCGCGGGACCGAGCUUGCGCCGAAGCUUGGAUGCGCGGCGGACCGGAGGAAGAAAUUGCCGAAAGGAACCGAUGGAUCCAGGCGGAACAGAAAAAGAUCAACGAUAGUGUUGCAGCUUUGCUGAGCAGAAAAAAGCACUUCGAGGCAGUGGCGGCUGCUGAAAAGGAGGAAAAGGAACAGUCGGAAAACGUCGAGGCGGCCAAAGGCUGUACCGACUGCAGAGUUUCGUCGGAACUGCUGGAGGUAGAAGAUAGGGUGAAGGCAGUGUCUUCGUCUCCGUCUCCGUCUUCGUCGAGCGACUAUGAAAACGAAGAUGAACGGGAUCACUACGUCGAAGAUUUGUCGGGAGUGUGCGAGUCCCAGAGAUCGGGAAGUCAAGCUUUGUUGGUAGACUCCGAAAGGAAGGCUUCGGAUGAACAGAUCAAGGAGCUUCUUCUACCUUGGAAAGCCGAGAUUCGCGCACCAGGGAAACCUCCGAGACUAAUUGAAGAUAUGACGGAGAUAAAGGAACAUGGUGCUGGUGACCUGGAAAGAAAGCGGUUGGCCCGACGUGUCCUAGACAACAGGACGCACAGAGUAGACCAGGCUUGUUCGCCAGACUCUGACUGUGUCCUCGGCACCGAUUUAGGAAAGGAGAUUCUGCGGCCGGUUGAGGGUGAUAACAACGUUGUCAGGUCGCCCGUAUCCGUAAAAAAGGACUGCGUUCUGGUUGAGGAUAUGAGAAAUGUUUCUGCCGAGGGCGAUGAAUCGUCUGAGGAACCACUGUCAACGUCGGAGAAUCACAUUAGCUCGCAGCUGAGUUCGGUGCGAGAGGAGAUGAAGGAGUUCUGCGAAGGCAUCAGGAAGUUCACAGAAGAAAACGGUACCGUCUACAAAAACGGUGAAGUAGUCAGAUGUUGGGGGGGCGAGAGUAAACGGAGCGAGGAAACGAAUGAUUCGAAGUCUCGAGAAGAAACGGGGCAAUGGUGGAACACCAAGGAGCGGAAGCAGAGGGUAAGGAAGAUCCUGAAGCAGCGGGAAGAAGAGUCCUUGACUUCAGCGAUGGGCUCGCUGGUGGUCAGGGGUCCGGAAGACCCAGCCCCCAAUCACUUCGAGGUGAAGCAGACGGGGGGCGGUAAACGUGCGCACGAAAUCGAAGGCCCUGAAGUCAGCCGAAAAAAGUUGCAGAUCGUGGAGGCUGGGGGCGGGGACCCGGAGGUGCCUCGAGGAGCUAACGAGAGCUUCGAGAGCGUGGCCGAGAGGUGCAGAAGACACGUCGUGAGGGAAACCCGGAGGCAAACGGCGAAGCCGUCGCCACUGUUGGACAGCUGCAUAUCCACGCUGAUCCGAGAGACUGGGGAAAAGCUCUCGCUGGAAGAGCGCGAGGAUUUCCGGGGCGAAUUGGACGACCUGAAGUCGGCCGCAAGUAUCUUCGAAACAAACAAGUGUCUGACGCCGUUGGAGACGGGAGAAACAAACGUGGGAUCGGCCGAUCAACGGACAUCAAAUCGUUAUUCCGGUGACGGUGACUUCGCGACGAAUCUUUCUCAGGAGGUUGAAUUCCCCGACAUGGAUGCCGCACUGAGGGCUAGAAUCACGAGAAACGUGAACGCGCCGAAAACCCCCGAGCAGAGAGAGCGGGCCAAAAAAUCGGCAAGCGCCCUGAUGGACAAGUCCAGGGAGGCCAUGGCUCGGGGUAAAAUGCCGGCGCAAGACUUUGACGUCCACGACUAUGCGGAGAUACAGGAUGCAGCUGCAGCUACGAUACAAACGACCCGUCAAUUCCGUGGCUUCACGGAGGAGGAUCACCGGGAAACGGAGGCCGCAAUGAACGAGCAGGACAGGCUUUUGGGAUGCGGGAGGAAGUUCGAGAUGUUUGGAACCAGUGGUGGUGAGGAGGACGUUUUAAGGGUCGGAGCAUCGCCGUUGAUCGAAGAGUUGAAACCGAGGCUGCAGGACGAAGGCAAGGAUUUCGGAGACGGUGGCCAGCAGAGGUCGUCGGGGCAAAAGGAGGAAGACGAAACCGAGGACGAGGCCAAAGUCGUCCAGCAGCACGAAGUCGAGGACUGCGGUCAUGUUGUAGCCAGGAAAGUUACCAAGACUUUGGAGAUGCUUGUCGCUCUUCAGGAGAGCAGCGAAUAAUAAUCAAAGAAUCACGCGGUCCUACCGCGGCGAGUAUCCCAACGCAUCGACACUUUGCAACACAAAAACAACCCUACAUUCGUUCGUAUCUGUAAUAAUGCAGACGCCUGCAUGAUGUUGGAUGGUGCGGGUAAACGAAGAUGGGUCGAAGAUAUCCUCGCGUCCUACAAAAGAAAGAUAAUUAAUCGAUUAACUAAUGAGAUGAACUAGAAAUUAUAAUUGAAUUAAUCAGGCGCUCUUCACGACAACUGCACAGGAAGGCAAUUUUAGAUGUCAUUCCAAUGCGUUAUUAUAAGUUUCCUAUUUUUUUUUUCAAUCAUUCAUUUUUAUAAAUUUAUUAUUCUAUGUAUAUCAUAUUGGUCUGAGACAAGUUACUAAUAUUAGUUUGUUGUUGUUACUCUUGUUUGGUU